AUGGCCAAGAACAAAAGUGUCGCUAAAGUGAAGCAACAAUAUGAGUUCCUUUUAACCGGAGACUUGAAAUAUAGCUGUGAUGUUUGGAUCUCGUACCUCAAAUUCACCAUUGAUUUCAUAGAUGAACAUGGCCUUACAGAUUUAAUUGCAUUGUUCGAACGAGCCAGGAAGGUUAUAGGGUUUGACUACUGGAAGAGCGAGCAGUUCUAUCUUUUGUAUCUCCAGAGUAUCAUCACCUACAAGCCCAAGAAUUAUCUCUUGAUCUACUAUACAUUGGUAAGAAUCGCAGUCGAGGUUCCAAUGUACAACUACCGAGUGUUUCAUCAGAUCUGGCUCCAGUUCCUCGGGACAUUGAAGUAUAACCAGAUGAAGUACUUGAAGAUGUUGAACAAACAACUGCAACCGCAAAAGACCUCCAAAGAGAAUCUCUUGAAGGUCUCGAAACUUAAGUGGAAGAAGAGUUUAACAGAUUUGUACAUCACCACACAAUAUAAGAGUUACGAACUCUUCAAAUGGGAAAAGCAAUUGGCUAAUGAUAAUUCUAUUGAUAUUUGGAAGAGUUAUCUUCAGUUUGUUAUUGUCAAUUAUCCAUCGAAUUACUGUGAAUCCUUAUUUGAAAGAGCACUUCUCGAGCAUUCGGCCGAGUCCUCCUUAUGGUGGAUGUAUGCUUCUUGGUUAUUGAAUCAACAAAAACCUAUGGCCGCUCGUCAGACUCUUUAUAGAUCCAUCAAGCAUUUGGUUCAACAGGAGUCUACAAUUGCCCGGUUGGUGGAUAUGGAGCUUUAUGCUCGAAAUUACUUAAAGGCAAGAGACUUACUAUUAGGGUACAUGGAAUCCACUUCUAACAGUGGGAAUAAUGUCAUUCUAUUUGAAAAACUAAUUAUGGUAGAGCUAGUUGUUCAUGCCAACGAUGAAGGUUAUAUCUUGGGAUUAUUCAAAGAUUUCCUCAAUGAGUUGGGUGCGGAAGAAGUGGAAGAUACCAUUGGUUAUAUUUGUUAUCGAUUAUCAUUGAUUCAAUCUAUUGAUGUUGAACUAAGACAUGAAUUAAUCAUGAAAUAUUCCUCCAAUAGCAGUUCCUUUUAUAAGCUUGCAAUUUGUUAUAUCACCCAGCAACUGAAACAAUCACAACCAGCAACUGAACCACAAAAGCCUAACUUUAACCUAUUGAUUGAAACUUAUUUAUAA